AUGACUAUAGGUAAACAUUUUUUGAAACACCAUCUCCAUCAAGUGAGAAAGUUGUUCUGCAAAAAGAUGCAACCCUCUGUGAGGUUGAAGGAGCCGAGGCGUAAGAGAGCACGCGCGCAAGCGGCACACCAGGAACCACUGCCAGUCUCGCUUCAGUGCAGCCAGGCAAGUACCUUCAAUAAUUGGAAGGUUUGCAAAGGUUUCUAUGAUGGUGGAUCAGUGUUGGUGCAUGAUCUCGAUGAGAUUGAAUUUAUCUACAUCAAUGGGUUUUUUGGUAAGGGAGCUCAUUCCAGAGGCCCACCUGAAUUGCUGGCUGAGUAUUUGGAGGCUGACGAGAGGUUCCUGAUUCCUUGUAAGAAGAAGAGAAAUGAUAUUGAGGAUGAUGGUCUGCCUCCUCUUCCAUUUCCUACCCUACCGAGCAGUGAUGUUCAUGAGCCAUUAGUGUUAAGUUUAUGUGAGGCAUUUUUCCUGACCUAUGGCUUGGGGUGCCUCGUGAUAUAUGACGAUCAGAAGCAGAAGCCAAUGUCGAUAUUGAGGACGUGGCGUCUCUUUAUGAACUUUGACCCGAAUUUUGUUGUGACCUAUGCAGCCUACCAUUACCUGAGGAGCAAGGGCUGGGUCGUAAGGUCGGGGGUCAAAUAUGGGUCAAAUUUUGUGUUGUACAAAGAUGGACCUGCCUUUUAUCAUUCAACAUAUUCUGUUGUCGUCAAGCCGGUACUCCAUAAUUCAAAUGACAACAUUAUUCAUGUUGGCAACAGCAGCAACAACAACAACAGCAACAACAAUAAUAAUAAUGAUAAUAAUAAUAAUCAUAUGAAGAGUAAUAAUAAUGUUGAUGGUGAUGGUGAUGAUCCAUGUGCCAUCUCGGACUGGACAUCACUAUCAAGAUUGAAUCGCAUCACCGAACAGGUUGCCAAAGAUUUGGUCAUCUGUUAUGUCAUUCAACCAGAUAAUAAUAAUAAUAAUAAUGAUAAUAAUAAUAAUAAUGAUAAUAAUAAUAGUAAUGAUACAAAUAAUAAUAGCACUGAUGAUAAAAACGACAACAAUAAUUCAAAUGUGAACUUCUGGAAUUCACCAAAUUGUUUGAAAUUCUUUAAAAUUGAGACGGUGACCAUUAAGAGGUGGAUAUCAAACAAAGAAAGGAACACGGCUGAUACUAAUUAG